AUGGAGGCUGAAUAUUUCAUAGAUGUGGGAGAUUCAGGAAGUUUUGACUCUGUCAUGGGGGCUUACAUUUUUCUCCAUGGACAUAGUAUUGAAAGUGAAAAGAUGAAGGAUCACUUACACCCUGAAGUAUGGGUUUCAUAUAAUAUUAUAUCACUGAAUCUUGUUUCCAAGGUUCUUUACGAUACUCUGAAUUUUUUCUACUCAUCGAAGUUUAAAGAUGCUUUUUCCCUUUUGUUAAACAGGGAAUGUCCUGCAGAGUUGCAGGAAGCAGUUGCAAGCAUAAUCUUUGCUGCCCCCAGAUGUUCAGAUUUGCCAGAUCUAUUACAUGUCAGAAAUUUGUUUGCUGCUAAAUAUGGAAAAGAAUUCAUAUCGGCUGCGUCUGAACUUCGCCCUGAUACUAGUGUCAAUCGUACAAUAAUUGAGAAACUAUCAGUGAGUGCUCCGUCGUCUGAAGUAAAGCUCAGUACGCUGAAAGAAAUUGCAGCAGAAUUUAAUGUGAAUUGGGACUCUUCUAAAACUGAAAUAGAAUUCAGUAAAAAAUCGGAGGAUCUUCUGAAUGGACCAAAGCAAAUAGCUGCACCUCCUCAAGUAUAUUCGAGGCUGGAUACUAGAGAAGACCAACCCAAUCAAGAACAUUCUACAGCUUCCACAAAUGGUAAACAAGGGGACCGGUACUUUCAAUCUUUCACACCUUUGGUAGCUCCGAGUAGAAUUGAACCAUUAAUCAAGGAUCAUAAUGUGAAACCAAUCACUGAAACCAAGGACACAAAUUCAGAUGUGUUGUUAAGGGCUCGCACUGCCAUUGCAGCAGCAGAGCGUGCAUCAGCUGCUGCUCGUGCAGCCGCUCAGUUGGUAAAUCUCAACUUUAGCUCAUCGAAGGUCGAGAAACAGUAGAUUUGUCUGAAUUUAUUUAUCUUGAUUGAGCAUGAAACAUCCGAAUUUCAGUUGUAUCACUGAGCAUUACAGAUUCAGAAUCAGUUUUAUUAUCAACUGGAAGGAGAUUAUUGUGCAUAGGUUUCAAGCUCUAGAAAUGGUUGAGACCCGAGUCCUAGAUAGUGUAAACAUUGGAGAUUAUGCAAUUUAUAUGUCUGUCACAGUUUGCCUGGAGUCUAGCUUUUGUGAUUUGGUUUUUACAUUUGAAGGGUGCAGAAUCAUUUGUACUAUGCAACGAGUGCAUUUUACUUCAUCUUUUAUUCUCUGAGAGCUACUCAGUUGUUCUACUACUACUACUACUUUCAAAUAAAAGCACCCAAUGUCUAUAACAUUCCUGAUAUUUCAAUCA